ACUUUCACUCCUCAUCUUCCAUUCAACCACCAUUGCUGCUCAAGCAAUGAUGGACACUCUCGCACCCUUUUUGGUACUCGUGCAGCUGGCAGGAGCGCUGGUUCGGCUGCCAGAGACGGCUGCGGUUGGCAGUGGGGGUUCGAGGAGUUGUAGCUUCCCGGCAGUGUACAAUUUUGGAGACUCAAAUUCAGACACCGGAGGAGCGUCAGCAGCGUUGUCUGAAGUCACUGCGCCCAAUGGGGAGACCUUCUUUGGGCACCCUUCCGGGAGGAGCUGCGACGGCCGGCUCAUAAUUGAUUUUAUCGCUGAGACCCUGAAACUGCCUUAUCUGAAUCCGUACCUCGAUUCCCUGGGGAUGAACUUCCGGCACGGGGCGAACUUUGCAACUGGUGGGUCAUCCAUUCGUCCUGGUGGCUACAGUCCAUUCCAUCUUGGCAUUCAAAUCGCGCAAUUCCUGCAGUUCAAAGCACGGACAACAGCUCUCUACAUCCAAUUCCAGCAGAAAAAUCAAGAGCUCAUAAACAGACUGCCGAGGCCCCGGGAAUUUUCAGAGGCGCUGUACACAUUUGACAUAGGGCAGAAUGACCUCGCCUAUGGAUUUCAGCAUAUGACUGAGAAACGAGUCCGGGCAUCAGUUCCCGAUAUCCUGAUGCAGUUCUCACAGGCAGUGCACUUUGUGUCUGAUCAGCAACUAUACGAGGAAGGAGCGAGGUUCUUCUGGAUACACAAUACGGGCCCCCUCGGGUGCUUGCCUUAUUCAGUUAUAUACGAUCCCUCAAAACCCACCAAUCUGGACGAGAGUGGAUGCGUUGCGCCCCAGAAUGAGAUGGCUCGGGAGUUCAAUAAACAGCUCAAGGACACUGUCCUAAGGUUGAGGAAGCAGCUUCCGGCUGCAGUUUUUACCUAUGUGGAUGUGUAUUCGGCCAAAUAUGCACUCGUUAGCGAAGCUAAGCAUCUAGGUUUUGUGGACCCAACAAGCUUCUGCUGUGGGAGUUUCUAUGGGUACCAUAUUAACUGUGGGAAGAGGAAGGUUGUAAAUGGAACCUUGUAUGGGAGCCCGUGCAAUGAUCCUUCGAGGCAUGUGAGUUGGGACGGGAUUCACUACACAGAGGCGGCUAACCGAUGGAUUGCUAACAGAAUCCUCAAUGGCUCCUAUUAUGAUCCGCCAGUUCCUAUAGAGGGAGCUUGUCGGGCAAGGAAGUGAGCCAGGUCGGAACGUUAUAUCGUAAGUUUCCAGCUGUAGUCUCUUAUCAUAUUUCGGUAUAACAAGGUAGAAAACUCGCAAUGAAUAAAUUAACAGAGAAGUUCGAGACUGGAAAACGAAAUUCCCUUAGAAUUCAGUUCCGCUUGAGUUGCCAUAUUGAGUCUGGUGUACCAAAAUUAGAAAAUGAAACUCCAACCUUUCUUUUA